AUGAGAAACUCCAUGAUCUUUUCCCUCUUCCUCGUAACAACCAUCACCACGCUCGCCGCCGCGGUGGCAGCCGAGGAGCAGCCGCACCGCCAGCAAGAUCCGCCGCCGCCAUCUCAAUGCCCGGCCCAGACAUCCUCCUCGUUCUGCGGCUCGACCGGGGUAACCAUCCGGUUCCCAUUCUGGAUCCGGUCGACCCAGCACCCGGACCGGUGCCGCGGCUACAAAGGGUUCGACCUCACCUGCGGUCCCAACAACGGCCAAACCCUCAUCACCCUCUCCCCUGAAACGGCGCCGUUCGUCGUCCACGGCGUUGAUUAUUCAACUCAGGAGCUCUGGGUCAACGACCCGGGCGACUGCCUCCCCGGCCGGCUGCUCUCCCUCAACUUCUCGACCUCUUCGUCGCCAUUUAGGGGACUUUACGAUCAGACCUACACGUUCUUCAAUUGCUCGGGGGAUUACUCGAGCUACCCCGGGAUGAACCCGAUCGCGUGUCUCAGCGGCGGCGCAUGGGGAAGAGGGGAGUACUCGGUGUUCGCGUCCUCGUCGGGGAGGGCGAUCGCCGGGCUGAGGCGGCGGCCGUCGUGCCGGGUGGUGGCGGCGGUGGAGGUUCCCGUGGAGUGGCCUUUCUACGAGCAGGUGCUGUCGUCGGAUUUGAGCGCGGAUCUCCGGCUGACGUGGGACUCGCCGGACUGCCGGCGGUGCGUGGUGCGCGGCGGGAGGUGCGGGUUGAAGGGGAGCGAUGGUGGCGUUGGCUGUUUCGACGUCACUCAAGGACGACGCGGACUCCCCGCGCCGGCCCGUUACGCCAUAACAAUCGGCGUCGGAAUCCCUCUCUUCCUCUUCAGCCUCGGCGCAUUGUGCUGCAUCUGCCGCAGGGUCAAGCGUUGCGCCACCACAACACCACCCACCUCCUCCUCCUCCGCCGCCGCCGACUACCAGCACAAUCUCCGGCAGCUCCAUCUCGCCGUCGCCGCCGCUGCUCCGCCGACGUCCAUAUCCGCCGGUGGGCUAGACCGGAAAACGAUCGAAUCGUACCCGAAGAUAGUAUUGGGGGAGAGCCGGCGGCUGCCGAAACCAGACGAGAACACGUGCGCCAUCUGCCUGUCGGACUACUGCCCGAAAGAGACGCUCAAAACGAUACCGGAUUGCGGCCAUUGCUUCCACGCGGAGUGUAUCGACGAAUGGCUGAAACUGAAAGGGAAUUGCCCCAUCUGCCGGAAUUCCCCCGAGCCGGUGGUCUCGUUUGCGGUUCCGGUUCAAGCUUGGUCUUAGUAGAUAGCUUGGGUGUAUGUUUUAGUGUCUCAAUCUCUAUUUCAUCAAUUGGUCUAUGGACUAUGAUGUACUCCUUUAUGUAUAUACU